AAUCCAACCCUCCAUCACAUUAGACCUCAAACUUCAACUCGGACUUUUCACUCCACAAGAUGACGCCCAAUACUGAUAUAUAUUUUAUUUACUUCAGGUUGAUCAUCCACUCACAGUGCGGUGAAGAUCAUACCGUUUUCGGUGUUGAGAAGGGCAGACAUAUUGAUAUUAUAGGCAGAAACUGGUUUCUGGGCACCUUCGACAAGCUUCCCAGUACACACAACCCCGGACGUCUCUGCUUAUUUGCGCUCAAUUGUCCAUUCACCGCGGAUGUAAACAUUGGAUUUGCAUCCUCGAGCUCUCUGGCGCGUUAUGCUUGGCAUAGCGCUUUCGUUUAAACUAAGGUCACGCUCUCAAUGUCAAUUCCCUGGGAAUUUAAAUGGUGUCUUUCUUU